AUGAAGGCCGCCAAGGAUACAAAUCUCGUCGAGAUUCCAAAAGUCAAAGGCUAUCCUGUCGUGGGAAUUCUGCCACACAUCGACCUCUCAUCGCCGCUCUUCUCAUUGAUAGAGCUUCUGCAGCCUUAUGGGCCCAUUGUCCAAUUCUCGAUUGGCGGCGAGCUCAACAUCUUCGCGCACAGCGUCGAGCUGUUGAACGAGCUCUGCGACGAGAAGAGAUUCCACAAAGAGAUCAAGCAAGAGCUGGAGAAGCUCCGCCAUGUCGUCCACGAUGGGCUGUUCACAGCGAAGCACGGCGAGCCCAAUUGGGCGAUUGCCCGUGGGAUUCUGGCUCCGAUCUUUGGGACGAUCAAGAUUCGUGAGAUGUUCCCCGGAAUGAAGGACGUCGCGGAGCAGCUGUGUCUCAAAUGGGCUCGCUUUGGCCCAGAAUAUGUUAUCGACGUCACGUCCGACUUCACUCGGCUCACCCUCGAUACACUUGCUCUGUGCACCAUGGGUUACCGAUUUAACAGCUUCCACAACGGCACAGUCAUGCACCCUUUCGUCCUUAGCAUGAUACGGGCAUUGAAAGAGUCCACCAUGCAAGCGGCAAUGCCAGGCGUUAUCAACUCCCUUAGGAAGAGAUCCUGGCACCGAUUCGAGAAAGAUACGGCUUACAUGAGAGAGCUAUGUCGAGAGAUCAUUCAAAGAAGAAAGGCCGAGACGGAAAUGAACACCAACGAUCUUUUAGGUGCGUUGCUGCAGGGCCGCGAUCCCAAGACUGGAGAGGGCUUGUCUGAGGAUUCCAUCAUCGACAACAUGAUUACCUUUUUGAUCGCUGGUCACGAAACUACGUCGGGACUCUUAUCGUUUGCCUUUUAUUACAUGCUGGCGUAUCCCGAAACGAUGAAAAAGGCUCGUCAGGAGGUCGACGAAGUCAGUCAGGGCACCCCAAUCACAGUGGAGCAUCUUUCCAGGCUGCCGUAUCUCAACGCGAUCCUCAGGGAGACGCUGCGUCUUCAGCCUACAGCCCCAGGCUUCUUCCUCGUUGCAGACGAGGACCAAAUCAUUGGCGGAAAGUAUUUUAUCCCGGCGAAAGUUCCCAUCGGCAUUCUGCUUCACUUAGUUCACCAAGACAAGGCCGUCUACGGCGAUGACGCUGCUGAGUUCAAGCCGGAGAGAAUGUUGGACGAAAAUUUCAACAAGCUGCCACCCAACUGCUGGAAACCAUUCGGCAACGGUAUGAGGGGUUGCAUAGGCAGAGCUUUUGCGACCCAGGAGGCACUGUUGAUUACAUCUAUGCUCUUGCAGAACUUCACCUUUGAGAUGGCGGAUCCGACUUACAAGCUCAAGGUCAAGGAGACGCUGACCAUCAAGCCCGACGACAACUUCCGUAUGAAGGCAAAGCUCAGGCGUGGAGGCACUGCUACAGACUUUCAACGUGAGCUGUACUCGGUCGGCUCGACACAGGACGCCAAGACGAGCCUUGCCCCAUCAACUAGUAACUUGUCACAGGCCGGCGAUGGCAACAAGAAGCCGCUCACCAUCCUCUUCGGAUCAAACAGUGGCACAUGUGAGGCUCUGGCAUACAGGCUGGCAUCUGAUGCGACUCUCCAUGGAUACUACGCUCGCACGAUUGCGCCUCUGAACGCGGCUUGCAACAACCUGCCAAAAGCUGAACCCGUCAUCAUUCUUGCAGCUUCCUAUGAUGGAUUGCCAUCGGACAAUGCCGAAGAGUUCUUUGACUGGUUGAACAAGGUCGAAAAGGACUCCUUGAACGGAGUUUCAUAUGCGGUAUUUGGCUGUGGACAUCGUGACUGGGUUGCAACUUUUCAGCGAAUACCCAUCCUCAUCGACGACCUCCUCCAGAGGGCCGGUGCCGAGAGAUUUGCAGCAAGAGGCCUUGCAGACUCGGCGGUGAUGGACCUCUUUGUCGAACUCGAGAAAUGGACCGCAGAGUCCAUUUGGCCAGCUAUUGCGCAAACCGAGGGAGGAGGCGAAAGGGACGAUGAUGGCGAAGGCCGACUGAUCACCUCGCUGCUCAAGGUUGACUUUUCUCAGCCGCGCCAGCUGAAGCAGUAUUCUCACCUGGUAGAAGCGAGCGUGACGGAUUCGCGGACUUUAACAACGGCUUCUGCGAUCGGGAAAAAGGUGCACAUCGAGAUCCAGCUCCCCUCAAACCAGUCCUAUCGUCCUGGCGACCAUCUCCUUGUGCUCCCUGUGAAUCCGAUGAAAACCGUUAAGAGGGUUUUGUCACGCUUUCACCUGACGUGGGACACGAUUGUGCGAGCGUCCGGCAAUGAUUCUGUGCGCAUACCGGCUGAUACGUCAAUGACGGCACUUGAGUUGCUGAGCUCGUAUUUCGAACUGUCUCAGCCGGCUACUCCGAGGGACAUUCGAGUCCUUGCGGCUGCGGCUGAGAAUGAAGCAACAAAGCAGACUUUGAUGGACUUGGCGACUUCGUCCUACGUCGAAAACAUCCAGGAAAAGAGAACCUCUCUGCUGGAUUUGUUGGAGAGGUUUCCCGAGAUACCCAUGGCCCUCGGAACUUACUUGACGCUUUUGCCAUCCCUACGCCUUCGUACGUACUCGAUCUCAUCCUCGCCGUCCUGGAACCCGGGCCACGCUACAUUGACCCUUUCAGUGUUGGAAGAGCCGGGGACAACAGACGGCGGCGAACACUUUCUAGGCGUGGCUUCCAAUCAUCUCGCUGGUCUGACGCGGGGGGACUUGCUUCAUGUGGCCACACGCCCAGUUAAAGGCAUUUUCCGGAUGCCUGCCGACUUGUCCAAAGUACCGAUUAUCAUGAUUGCAGCAGGAUCCGGUCUUGCGCCGUUCAGGGGUUUCAUCCAAGAACGGGCUAUUCAGCAGCGGAAUGGAGUCAAGCUUGCACCCGCCGCCCUGUUCUUCGGAUGCAGAUCGUCGCAUGAUGAUUUGUACCGCAGCGAGCUCGACGAAUUUGAGUCGUCGGGGGUGAUUCGCGUGUUCCGUGCCUACAGUAGAGAAGACGUUGGUGCCAACCCCAACGCCAGGAAGGGAUACGUCCAGGACAGCAUGACGGCGGAAAAGAAUGCGUUUAUACAGCUUUGGAAUGCCGGGGCAAAGGUCUAUGUGUGCGGAAGCGUGAGAAUGGCUUCGCAGGUCAAGGAUCUGGUGACGAAGCUGGUGUAUGCAGCUGAGACGACGGGGGCCUCGAAGCAAUUCACUCCUCAGGAGUGGUUCAAGCGCUUUGAGAAGACGCGAUAUGCCGCUGAGAUCUUUACCUAG